AUGGCAGAGGAGGACAGUAACGUUGAAGAUCUCCCUCCCCUUGAUAUCGCUGUACCAUACGUUCCUGAUGGUACGGUGAAGCACUAUACUGCGACUGUAAUUUUCGUUCAUUCUGUAGAGCAGCUCAGCCAAGAUGGAGUCCUUGGUGUGUCGGAGGGUCAGAAGGUUACCCCUUGGGAGGUGGAAGGCAGCGAUGAGGGUAUCGAUUACGAUAAGCUCAUCCGCGACUUCGGCUGCUCACCCAUCGAUCAGAAGCUGAUUGACAGGAUGGAGAAGCUCACUGGGAAGAAGGCACAUCGCUUCCUCCGAAGGGGACUCUUCUUCUCUCAUCGUGACUUGGGCAUUUUACUCGACAAGUACGAGAGAGGUAUUCCAUUCUACCUGUACACUGGUCGGGGUCCUUCCUCUGAGUCCCUUCAUCUUGGACAUUUGGUCCCUUUCCAAUUUACGAAGUGGUUACAGGAUACCUUCGACGUCCCUCUGGUUAUCCAACUGACUGAUGAUGAGAAGUUUUUCUUCAAGGAUUACUUGUCACUGGAGGAGGCUCAUCGACUAGCAUACGAGAACGCUAAGGAUAUCAUCGCGUGUGGCUUCGAUAUGGACAAGACCUUCAUUUUCUCUGACUUGGACUAUAUGGGGACUAUGUAUCCUAAUGUAUGUAAGAUUCAGAAGCUGGUCACCUACAACCAGGCACGUGGGGCGUUCGGUUUUACGGGUUCUGAUAGCGUUGCUAAGUCUAGUUUCUGUGCUAUUCAAGCUAGCCCUUCCUUCUCUACUACCUUCCCCUCGAUCUUCGGUGACCGUAAGGAUAUUAUGUGCCUUAUCCCCCAGGCCAUCGAUCAGGACCCCUACUUCCGGGUUACUAGGGACGUGGCGCCUCGAAUGGGUAUGCUUAAACCGGCUCUCAUUCACUCCAAGUUCUUCCCUGCUCUGCAAGGCCAUAAGACGAAGAUGAGUGGUAGCGUCGGUAACACUACUAUCAUGGUAACUGAUAAGCCGAAGGAGAUUAAGAACAAAAUAAUGAAGUACUGCUUCUCUGGGGGACAGGACUCGGCUGAGGAGCAGAGGAAGUAUGGUGCCAAUCUGGAGGUCGAUGUAGCCUACGAGUAUCUUCGAUACAUUAUGGAGGAUGAUGAGAAGUUCGAGCAGAUCGGGGAGGAAUAUUCUUCCGGAAAACUCCUUACGGGAGAGGUGAAGAACAUUCUGGUAGAGGAAUUGGUGAAAUUGACGAAGACGCAUCAAGAGGCUAGGGCUAAGGUGACUGACGAGAUAGUAAAGGAGUUCAUGAACCCUAACCGGCCUUCUCUAGCCAAAUUCAAGUCUAUUGGCAAGGAUCGUAAGAUAAGCCAUAGCAACUAA